UCGUGAUAAUUUUACCUCAACAUACUCCAAAGUCGGCCGCUCCCCGUCGCCCCGACCACCGCUCCCGACGACCAACUUUACUAUGACCCUCCGGAACGCCAUCGCCUCCCGGCGCGCCCUCCACUCCGUCCACCCCAUCCCAAACGAGCCACCGCUGGUGGCGGCUUCGGCGCCGCUCCUGUGGUGGCGGGGGCCCCGGUCCUCCGCCUCCCUCCUCAAUACCUGCACUUCCCUCUGUGCCCUGAAACUCCUCCACGCCUCUGUCCUUCGCCGCCACCCCGACGACCUCUUCCUCUCCGCCACCCUCGCCUCCCGCUACGCUUUCCUUGGCUUCUCCCGCCACGCCCUCUCCGUCCUCUCUUCCGCCCCCCCUCCCCCUCCCUGCGCCAGCGACCCCUUUCUCUGGAACAUUCUCCUCCGCGCCUUCGCCGAUGCCGGCGCCGCCGAACGCACCCUCGCCGUCUACCACCGGAUGCGCGACCCGGGCGGCGGCGGUGGUGCCCGCCCCGACCGCUUCACCUUUCCCCCCGUCCUCAAGGCCUGCGGCCACCUCCGCAAUCUGGAGGCCGGGGCUGAGGUCCAUCGCGACGCCGUUGAGCUCGGAUACCAUUAUGAUGUCUUUGUUGGGAACUCUCUCAUUGCCAUGUAUGGAAAAGGUGGCGCCUUAGAAACCGCAAGACGAAUAUUUGAUGAAAUGCCCGAGAGAAAUGUCGUCACUUGGACUGCGAUGAUCGGGGCGUUAGCCCAAAAUGGGCAUACUGAAGAGGCUUUAUCUUUAUUUCAUUCAAUGCUGGAUGGGAGAGUUAGGCCCAACAGAGCAACGUUCUUGAACGUGAUGUCCUGUGUCUCUAAAGCUGAAGAGGCUGAUGACUUGUAUAAGCUUAUUGCCAGACAGGGUCUGCACUCUGAUGUGUUUGUUCAGAAUGCAAUGGUUGGAAUGUACUCGAGGUGUGGAAAGAUUGAAUUUGCUCGGCAUUUGUUUGAUGGGAUCGUUGAGAAGGAUUUGGCAUCAUGGAGCUCAAUGAUUGAAGGUUAUGCUCGAGCUGAUAUGUUCGAUGAAGCUUUGAAGCUAUUUAGAAAAAUGAAGCUAGGUGGAAUUCUUCUGGACCAUGUGAUUCUUCUUGGCAUCAUUCGUGCUUGUUCGAAUUCAUUGUUGGCUUCUCUUCAGCAUGCUCGAUUUAUUCAUGGAUUUGUUGUCAGGAACUUGUUGGAUCAAAAUUUGAUGGUGCAAACAGCUUUGAUUGAUCUAUAUGUGAAGCAUGGGAGCCUAAGAAAUGCUCGUAGAAUAUUUGAUCAGAUGCAAGAGAAAAAUUUGGUCUCAUGGAGUACAAUGAUCUCUGGGUAUGGAAUGCAUGGGAGGGGAGAGGAUGCGCUCAGACUCUUUAGCUGUAUGAAGGGGUCUGUUAAACCAGACCAUAUUGUGUUUGUCUCGGUUCUCUCAGCAUGCAGCCAUGCAGGAUUAAUUGACAAAGGAUGGCAAUGCUUUAAUUCCAUGAUGACAGAAUUUGGCAUCGUUCCUCGAGCUGAGCACUAUGCAUGUAUGGUUGAUCUCUUGGGCCGAGCUGGGCAGCUGAAAGAGGCUCGAGAGUUUAUAGAGCGUAUGCCAAUAAAGCCAGAUUCCAGUGUGUGGGGAUCCUUGCUCGGUGCAUGUAGGAUACAUCCAAAUGCAGAGAUUGCAGAAUUGGCAGCAAAAUCUCUUUUUAAAUUGGAGCCAGAGAACUCAGGCCGUUACAUUUUAUUGUCGAAUAUCUACACUUCAUUGGGAAAGAUUGAAGAAGCUCAUCGAAUCAGAGCUCUGAUGAGAUGGAGAGGAGUGAGGAAAAUAGCUGGCUACACUAUUAUAGUAGUGAAGAACAAGGUUUACAAGUUCCUUGUUGGGGAUCGGAUGAAUCCACAAUCGGAUUUGAUUUAUAAAGAGCUAGAAAAAUUGAUGGAUAGGAUUCGCAUGAUAGGGUAUGUGCCAAAUACCAACUUUGCAUUGCAUGAUGUGGAAGAAGAGACAAAAGAGAAGUCACUAUAUGUGCACAGUGAGAAACUUGCAAUUGUUUUUGGGCUUUUGAACUCAGGACCUGGAUGUGUGAUUCAGAUCCAUAAGAAUCUGAGGGUUUGUGGGGACUGUCAUACUGCCACCAAGUUCAUCUCUAAAAUCACAGGGAGGGAAAUUGUGGUUAGAGAUUCUCAUAGGUUUCACCAUUUCAGUGAUGGGGUUUGUUCUUGUGGGGAUUAUUGGUGAAGAAUCCUGUAUGUGCUGUAAUUAUCUUGCCCUAGGUGGAGAACUAUAUUGCAGCAUCAAAUUUUGAUGUGAAGAGACAGAAUGCAGAAUUUCAAAUUUCUUUUCCAACUUAGAAGUUCAACGAAUGGUCACAGGGACUGAUAAAUUGAAGCAAGCUGCCACUAAAGAGAUACACACCUGAAGUAAAGAGCAUGGUAAGAAAGGUCACAAAUUAAUCCAAUUGGAAGCUUUUGAUUUAAAUUGCAGUGUGCACUCAUGGUUUCUGAACCUCAAUCCAUCCCUGAGUAUAUCAAUUGGUGUGUCAAGUGGUGAUUGAUGAAUCUUUUUCAUGAAUGAUGGGAUUAAGGAGAUGAAUCUGGAAUCAUAUUUCUAUACAUCUCUCAUCAGCAGGUAUAUCUUCUCUUUAAAAUGUGAUCCAGUAGAAACAUCUAAAGCUAUGAUUUGCAGCUGGGCUAUUUCACAAAUUGUGUUCCUGGGUGACUUCUUUACAUCAGAAUGUUAUUGUUUCAAUGGAGGAAGAUCUGUUGAGCAUCUUCCUCAUGUCACUCAUGGAUGCUUAUGUGGAAAUUGGCUCAUUAGAUGGAAGAAGGUUUGGUGAAAGGACAUAAAGUAUUUAUGUCCUACUUCGUUUUGGUCCUGCAGCUGCUGGAAAUUCUUACCAAUUCUUGAGUUAACCUCAAAGUAAAGAUUGGGUGCCAUAGCUGAACUGUUUCAGGAAAACUGGAAAAAAUCAUAAAGGUGAUUUCUUGGUUGCAGAUUUCUCAUCAUUGAUCGGAUGUCAAGUAAGACAGAGGAUAACACGUGUAUUUCCACUGAUGAUCGAUUUUGAAGCAGUUGCAAUGCUGAAUCUCUAUGACAUCCAAUGUCAAACCAAAGCAAGAAGCAAACUUUAUUUGCUUCAAGUGCAAGGCACCCACUGGGAGAUGGCAAAUGCAUCACUACAUGUCCCUUUCAGCAAGAUAUUCAACAAGAUCUACUGCCAUCAAGUUACUAAUUGCCAUAAUACUGAAGAUCUCGCCAUGAAGCAGUGCAUCAGGACAUCUAGGUGACAUCUGAUGAGAAUCAUCGCAAAAUCACCUUGGAGCACAAGGGCCUGGAUCCAUGAUUAUCUUUGCUCUGAAGUAUGUCUUAAAGUUCGUGAUGUAUUGCAUUUCAAGUAGCUGAGAUGCCAAUUAUGUUCAUAGUAUGAAUUAGAUUAUAUAUUGGAAUAA